AGCUCGACAACAUUCUCAUCUACGCGUCCUACCUCGACAAACGAGAAACCUUCAAAAUGACAGACGUACAGCAGAAAGAUACCAUGCAAGAAGCGCCCUCUCCAACAGCGCCAAAGCGCAAAGCACCAGACUCGACUCCCGGCACGAUUAACUUCACAUCGCGCAACCCGCCCUGGACUUACCUCAAACUCCAACUCAUCCCCCAACCAGACUCACCACUCCUCCAACCCCUCGACCCCCUCUCCGCCCGCACAUACCUCUCCUCCGCCCUAUCGCAAUUCCUAGGUGUAACGGGAACCGCGAUUCCCAUCGAUAUUCUCAAAAUUGAAAACAAGGGCAGCACCAGCAGCAAGCCCAAUGGUGUAAACAAGUACGAUUGUGUCUGGGUGCGCGUUCCUCGAGACGACGGGGCUGCCGUCGUUGCUGCGAUUAGUUCGUGGAUUGGGGGUAGUGGGAGCGAUAAUGGUGCAGCGUGGAGAGUGUGUGCGAAGGGAAAUUUCCUCGGCGCGUUGGUGUCGGGGUCUGGGAGUGAUCUUUUUGAUCCUUGAUUCGAAGUGGUGGUUUGGGAUUUUAUUCUUGCUGCUUGGAGCGAAUAUUUUCGGUCUGAGUUUAGCUGGCUGAGAGAGUUCUCUCUAGGGCUAUUCGACGAGGAGAGGUGCAGACUAGAGCUGCAAUGCCGCAUUCCUCUGAUAUUGGAACAACACUGAGGACCAGGCUGGGUCGCGCAUGGUUGCGAAUCAUUUACCUGGCUUGGUGGCCCGGAGCCACACCCACACGUCAACGGCGACCAUUGGGACGGGACAACCGUCAAGCACACAGGAAGUGCUACGCCAGGUCAUGAGAACUGACCUCGGUAAGGACAUGAACAUGCCCGUCGGCUCCCCGAGCUAUGUCCUUAUGGACAGGCAUCUACCAUUUACGGUAUACACACGU